AUGGUGGCGGCUAAGUUUAAGAAAUGGAAAAGCCUGAAAUGUCUCCAGGACUGUGAUAAGAUCCUCAGCUCUUUGGCCAUUUCCAGAGGAUUGUAUUUUUUAAGUUUCAUUACAAGGAACUCUAUCUAUCAAUUUUUUCCAGGUCUAUUGCAAAACAAUAUUUUUAUAACUUCAGCCAUACUUGUCCAGAUUAUGUUCACCUUCUACAACAGUCUCUGGUUGGCCACCCUCCUCUGUGUCUUCUACUGUGUGAAGAUUGUGACCUACAACUAUAAACUCUUCAUCUUCCUGAAGACCCGGAUCUCCACCAUGGUCCCGUGGUUGAUUCUGUCCUCUCUGCUGAUCUCACUGAUCUCCAGCCUUCCAUAUGCUUGGUACGGUUAUGACCUAAAGUCACAAAAUGUAUCCAAUGGUUCUACUGGAAAUAUGACUGGGUACGAACUUGUUACAGUCCCAAACUCUAAUAACCAGUUCCUGAUUUUUUCUCUAGGUAACAUUCCUCCAUUUGUUAUAUUUUGUGUCUCCAUCUCCUUGUUGAUUCAUUUCCUCCUCAUUCACACCAGACGGAUGAGGAGCAAUGAGUCACAUACCCAGAGCCCAAAUCUAAAAUCUCACUUUGGGGCUUUGAAAACAUCCAAUUGCUCCAUUCCCUAUACAUGA